CAGCCCCCACUCAGCCGUCCCCAGCCCUCCUAUCACUCUCGACGGUGACUGCCGUUCCCUGAGGAGAGCAGGCGGGUGUCCGCAGGCUUGGGGAUGGCGGAUGGCGGGGACGUGGCCCCUGGGGCUCCCCAGCCCACCUACAUCAAGGUGCACUUCCACCAGGAGUCGGCUCUGGCCAAGCUGCUGCUAAGCAGGAGCUCCCUGCUGCAGCCCCACGUGCCCUCGGCCCACACCGCCACCCGGGCCCUGGGCCACCGCCGGCUGCUGGUGGCCUCCUGGGUGGUGCAGGUCGUGCUGGGGAUGUUGAGUGGGGUCCUGGGAGGAUUCCUCUUCCUCUUCCACUCUACCACGCUGCUUGGAUCGGGAGCUCCCAUCUGGACGGGGGCUGUGGCUGUGCUGGCUGGAGCUGUCGCCUUCAUUUAUGAGAAACGAGGUGGCACCUACUGGGCCCUGCUGAGGACCCUGCUCACCCAGGCAGCUCUCUCCACGGCCACAGCCGCCAUCAUCAUCGGGGCUAGAAGUCUCCACGAGUACCGCCCUUUUUUCUUUAAUAGAAUCUGUGAUCUCUCCCCUUCCUGGGGGCCCACCGGGGCCCCCAGCUCUCCGAGUGCAGACACGAGAAGGCUAAAGCUGUGCACCUCCUAUGUGAACAUGCUGAAGGCCCUGUUCAUAAGCAUCAAUGCCAUGCUGUUGGGGGUCUGGGCUCUACUGCUUCUGGCAUCUCUGGUCCCCCUGUGUCUGUGCUGCUGGAGAAAAUACCGAUCUAAGGAGAAAAGAGACCCUCCCUUGGAAGAAACUGCUGGGAGUGAGUGAAAUUAGCCCUGCUUCUCCAGAGGACUCAUGUCUGGAGCUCUGCCUGGACUGGGUGUCCCAGCAUCUGCCUCGUGGAAGAAGAACCAGGCCGGGAAGAGAGGCUCUCCUCUGGCCCCAGUUAUCCUUGCCCCAUGGCCACAGCCACUGCCCUGCACCACUAACCAUCAGAGCUGCUCCGGUCCAUUUCCUGCUCACCUUCACCAUCCUGCUUGCUUCGUGUCCCCCUCUCGAGCAAUGAUGAUAAUAAA